AUGAACGAAUUGAAUGAGGCUAAAAUAAAGAAUUCUCACUCUUUUAAUUAUAUAAGAAAUGAAGAAGCAAAGAAGAAUGAUGUAAGUGAAGAAUAGAAUUUACAAACUACACAAAAAAGAGGACAACCAAAAAUUAAUAUUAGUCGUUUGCCUCCAGCUUUUGCUAACUAAAAUAAAGUAAUAUAAUUUUAAUAAAUAACUCUUAGAGAAAGUAAAUAGAGCCUUUGAUAAUAAAAAAGGAACAAAAACAAUAAGUGUAACAAAAUAUCCAGAACAUUGAGGCUAUGCAAGAGUACAAAUAGGUGAGCCAGAUGCUAAGUCCCCUGAAGGCAUUAAUUAUUCAUCAAAUUCUAGCGUGAGAACAACAAUCAUUUG